CACAGAGAGAGAAAAGAAUCUGAUUUUGAUUUGUAAUUUCUUAUGAGUGACAAUUUUGGGAAUUCUAACACCAAAACCUAAAUUUUCCGUGUUCUUCAAAAAUCUGAGGUUUCGUUGAAUUUGAGCACUUGAAGAAGAAGCUACGCUGUAUAUCUAGGUUUUUUAACUUCUGGCCUGGUAAUAUUGUUAUGCCAAAUUGGUUCUUAUGACUAUUGAGAGUUAAGGUGGGGGAAGAAACGUGUUAGAAGAACAGACAAGUUAAAAUGUUCUCACUGUUUUAUGGACUCUGGAAGUACGUGUUCAGUAAGACGGAAUUUCAUGUUCUUAUUCUUGGAAUCGACAAAGCUGGGAAAACUACUUUAUUAGAGAAAUUGAAGUCGUUGUAUUCAAACGUGGAAGGCCUUCCCCCUGGUCGAAUUGUUCCUACAGUUGGUCUCAACAUUGGCCGGGUUGAAGCAUCAAAUACAAAGCUUGUUUUCUGGGACCUGGGAGGUCAGAGUGGCCUGCGACCAAUUUGGGAAAAGUAUUUUGAAGAGGCACAUGCUGUAAUAUAUGUAAUUGAUGCUGCUUCCCCAUCACGCUUUGAAGAUUCAAAAUCUGCAUUGGAAAAAUUACUUCGGCAUGAGGAUUUACAAGGGGCCCCUCUUCUGAUAGUAGCAAACAAACAGGAUCUUGCAGGGGCUGUCAGUGUUGAUGAACUCUCUAGGUAUUUAGAUCUGAAAGAGUUGGAUGAGAGGCAGCACAUGUUUGAAGCUGUUUGCGCACAUGAUGGGACGGGAGUUAAAGAGGGGAUAGACUGGCUAGUUGAAGUGAUGCAGAGAAGUAAGAGAACCGAAAGAUUGAGAAUCCGUGCAGGUGUGUCAGGUCCUUAGCUUAAGAGAAGGUCUCGAUACAAAAAGAUUAAAAAGAUUUGCGGUGGUCUUACAUUUUGGCCUUUGUGUCAACCUCUGAGAAGGAGAAAGCCAUUUCUGCUGCCAAUAUUACUUGUAUUUGUUAUUAAAAGAGCGGAAAAAUGGCUGAAAUUGUUGCGCCAUAGUUUGGUUAAAAUUUGUAUUUUUUGUACCUGAGAGAAUUUUAUAUUAGAUUUUUCACAUUUUUACAGCUUGAUAAAUAAAAAAUUUUGAGCGAAA